UAGUGUUUGCUGAGUCAAGGGUAUCACAAAGAUUAUGAAAUGAAAACCACGUGGUGGAAUACUUUUUUAUGUUUAAUUAUACUAGUUAAGAUAGUUAAUGCACAAGGUGAUUUAAAAAUUAACAAAAAUGACGCCAUUAUUGACAAAUAUGUAAAAGAACAACUCAAACGUGCUACACGCUCAUUAGAAAAAAGUUUCGAAAAGAAGAUUCGUGUGAAAAAAAGUACCCAAGAUUCAGAUGUAUCAUUCCAUGAACAAUUUUUGCAAAUUAAUAACCAACCUUACUCGCCAUUUUUAAAAUUAGCCCAAACUCAUAAUUUCAAUACAGUAUAUGCAGUUGAUGAAAGGAACAUUUUAAAAUUCAAUGAAAAUAAUUUAGAACAUAUCAUUACUUUUAAACAUGAAAAAAUCCCGGUUUUCGUAGAGGUCGUCAAUUGGAUGAAAAAUAUUUUAUUGUUUUUGGUCAAAUUCGAAAACGAUUUUGUUUAUGUGUAUCAAUCUACAAUUGAUCAAAAUCCAGUGCAAACAAUUAAAUUAUCAGUUACUUCAGUUAAAUGUUUUCAUCGACAAGAUAUAUAUUGUAUGUUUGUUACGCAAUCUGGUAAUGGGAAGACGGAUGCCAGAUUAUUUAAAUGGGUCGAAACGCAUUUCGAUGUUCAAGAGAACCUAGAAGUACCACAUGUGUCUUCUAUUAUUGCAUUUAAAUGGAAAACAGAUGACUUAAUUUUGCUAGCACCCAAAUAUGGAGAAGGAAAGGCAUCGUUGUUACUGCAAUGGAAUGGAAAUAAUUUAAAAAAAGUGCAAAAUAUGAAAUUCCAAACUUCUUGUCGUGAUUGUCUUAAAUAUUUUCAGUUCCAAACAAAAUUUUAUGUAGUUUCUGAUAAAACUGUAUUGGUUUGGAAUGGUCAUCGUUUAGUACAAGUUGGCAGUUUGGAUCGAAAACCCGAAUUUGGUGAGCCAACUUCGGUAGAUGUAUGGAGCAAUGACAAUCGGGCUGUGGUAUUUGUUUUUUAUAAGCAUUAUAUAGUUGUGCACAAAGUCUGGGACAAAUUUCGUGUUGGAAAUUAUCGAAAAGUAAAAGAAAACAUUGCCUCAGCAAUCAUAGUCAAUUCUUCAAAUGAUGAAAAUUCAUUUAUCACAUAUAGUACGUUAUUUAAAAACAGAAUAUAUCUUCAAACGAUUCCAUUUUCUGUUAAAAUGCAAGAUGAAGACGUUGUGGGAUCCCAGUUGGAUCCUCUUAUGCAAUGUUUUAGUAGUCUUCAAAAUGCUAUGUUAGUAAAUCGUGAAAAUAUCAAGAAAUUAGAAUCCGAGGUUCCUUCUAUUCUACGCAUCGAUACUCCACAAAACUAUUCAGGAGUUCUAAAAGUUGGUGUCGCGACCAAAGUGCGAUCGGGUACCGUAUCCAAUGGCCAAGAAAAUUUCUAUUAUUUGACUAGUCCGACUGAAUUAUUACAAACUGUAGUUGAACUACAAAAUAAGGCUGGAAAUCUUAACAGUAUGAGAGAUCAUUUCCUAUAUAAAUCGCGCCCUAAUACGAUUUCAGUAAACGUGUAUGUCCCUGGAGGCGUUUCAACAAUCGAAGGCAAUUUAGGUUCAGCUUCUGUGUCCAUGGCCACCGGACUAGAUGGUAUAGUUUUCCUUGAUCGUCCGAGCGCUCCAGACUCCAUGGAAUCAGUUCUGGUAGCCCAAAGUAUAAAAGCUCAUCAUUUGUACACUGCGCCUGGAACAAUUGUCGAUGAUCUACUCCUUAGUGCAGGAGAUCAAAAAAUUACCGGAAUAUAUUCCGGUACCAAUUUGAUUUUAAAUAAUAUUCUACCUUCUCCUGGUUUGAUAAAUGAUGUCCCGAUCGAAAAUUUAGUUGAGGCCAACGAUGGAAUCGUAUAUGGUACAAAAACAGUUCAAAAUUUGUUUGUAAACAAUAUGAACGCCACUUUAUUUAAUCAGGUCGACACUUUAAGUUGGAUAGAAAAUAUGAAUUCUGAGUUCGAAGGAAAUUUGGCGGUGUAUGAAAACAUUUCUGUCAAAAAUCUGGAUGUCGAAUAUCUGAAUGGCAUCAAAUGGAAUGACUUUUUAAAAACUCUUUACUUGGAUAUUGAUGGUCAUUCAAAAAUUGAAGGCGACUUGAUUAUAAAAUCACGAUCAAGAGUUCAUUCUGGUCACUUGCAAAGCAUAUUUGGAAUCCCAGUAGAAAAUAUAUUUACAAAAACAACAGACCAAGUGAUAACAUCAAAUAUAACGAUACAAAAUCUUCAUGUAGAAGAAGUUGUAGCAGGAUCAAUAAACAGUUUAAAUUUCAAAGAAGCUAUUGCUGCACCAGGAACCAACAUCAGAAAUGUUGAAAUUGAACAUUUAAAUGUAGAACACGAUUUGACGUUAAACGAUAACUCCUUGUUUGAUAAACAAAUUCCCGGAACAAAACUAUUCGAACUUUUGCAAAUCUAUAAUGGCAAGGUUUUGAUCAAAGGUUCAGUAACAAUACCAAACUUGCAUUUAGAAUCCGAUGCAAAAGUGUAUUUACAGGACAGUCCAGUGUUCAUGAACAUACCGCAAUAUUAUUGGACGAAAACCAAUGACCAGGUCGUAAAAUCCAAUGUCACUUUUGUGAAAAAUGUGAAAACGCCUCAAGUUUAUUUGGACAAAGUAAAUUCCCAAAAUUGGUCACAGUAUAUUACUAAAGAUGGAGAAUUAUCAACAUUUGGACAUUUGAUAUUCAGUCAAGCAGAAAUCGGAGGCAAUUUAAAUUUUGAUAGAUCAAAUGUGAUGUACGAUCCAUUUUUACAAGUGCUUUAUGAACAUGCUGUUCGUCUCAAUGGAAAGUGUACCAUCCAAGGUGAUGUUGAAUUCACUGGUGAAGCUGAUGUUAAAGAUGCUAAUGUGCAAAUUUUGGAUGGAAUACCAGUUUCUAACUUAGUGUCAAAGACUGAUACCAAAAAAAAAUAUUUCAGAUGUUCCAAAACUAUACCUUAUAUGAAUGUGUCUACACUUAUGGCAAAUGAUGCAUGUGCUGCAUCAUUAAACGGAGUCGACUUAAAAAAAUAUUUUGAUAAUUUGUUGAAGAUAGAUGAACCUGCAUCUUUUGGUGAACUUAAUAUCGAUUCCAUAGCCGCGGAAUAUAUAAAUUUGGAAGAGCUAAAGACAAUAGAUGCUGCCAAUGUUGGAAAAGGCAAUGAACAGUAUCGUAGCAAUGAAAAUGAUGGAGAAUCACCAAAAGUUAUUCGAAUCAACGGGAGCGUUCAUAUUAAAGAAAUCAAAAAUCUUCAAUCAGUGAAUGAAAUUGAUCUUGCAGAAUAUUUGGACAUGGUUGUUCUCAAAGACUCAAACAAACAAAUUGGUGGUCGUAAGAUAUUUACAGCGCCGGUGACAAUAUUAGAAGAACUAACAGCUCCUGAAAUAUCUGGUGUAAAUUUAUACGAUUUAUAUAACUAUGGUCUUACUAAAUCCACAAGUCAAAAUAUUACUGGGCAUUACGAAAUUUUAAACAUCAAAACAGAUAAUUUAUUCGCAAAUUAUGUGAAUAAUAUAAAUACGGAGCAGCAAUUAAUCGAUAUUUCCAUUUCUAAUGAAAUCAAUUCUCCGGUUUGGUUCAAAUCACCUUUAAGUGUGCAAAAUAUGAUAUGGAACAGCCAAUGUUUUGUGAAUAGUUCAAAUUUAUACGAAAUGCCAAAUAAGAAAUGGAAGUUGAUGUACAUCCAAAACCAACUUCAACAUCCAGAGUUGACCAAAGUUCUUGAAAAUAUAGUAGAAAAUGCUGUUACUGAUGGAUUCGCUAAAAAUAUUACUGGAAAAGUGAGAUUUACAGGAGCAGUUACGUUCGACAACAUCAUAACAACUAAUUACAUAAAUAACGUAAACUUGGAUUAUAUUGCGCAAGACGCUUUAUUCAAACAUUCCUCAGACGUUAAGCACAUUAGCUGUUCCAAAACUUUUAUUAGCCCUACAGUAUUGUCACAAGGUGAAGUAUUGGGUGACUUUGAUGCAUUUAUCAUCAAUGGUGUUAAAAUCGAUGAAUUGAAUGAAAGUCUUGUUUGGAAAAAUGAAGAUGCUGUCAUAACAGGCAGCAAGAUUUUGAAACAAAACGUGUUUGUUGACGAUUUGAUAGUUGAAGGUUUGGUCAAUAGUGUUGCAGUAAAUGAUGUGGUUUUCUUCGAAAAUGAUCGUCCAAUUCCUAAUAUUGUAUUCAAUACUUUGCAUAUAAAAGAUAAUUUGCAAGUACAGGAUAUAAAUGGGCGUAAUUUGGAUGAAUUUUUGUCUAAAAGAGUACGUUUACGAGGCGAUGCCCAAAAUGUAUCAGCACACGUCCAAUUCGCAAAAUUAAAUAUAGCAGGGCCUUCUUUUGUCAACGUCGGACACCAUUACUGGAAUGAAAGUGUUCGAGAAGGGUUUAAAAGUCUAUGGAGAUAUUUCCGCAAAUUUCUGAACGAUUUUCAUUUGCAAACUACGUAUUCCAAUAGUAUUAGGAAAAAUAAAGAUUAUUAUAUAUCACAUGUGGUAUUUAAUAAUCCAGUACAGCUAUUAAAUGGCUUAUAUGCUCAUGCCUAUGAGAAUCAAACCUGGUUAAACUUCUACGCGAAACCUUUCCUGGACAAUACAUUUGCCCAAGAGAUGGACACGAAAUUAAAUUACACCUUCAACAGCAUUAAACCGUAUUAUCAUUAUUUGUACUUGGAGCCAUCAGAAAUACGGAUACUAGAACCGCCAUCCAAAAAAGUCGAGACUAUCAGGCCAGGAUUUUUACAACUUUCGAAUGAUGUAUCAGGAGAAGUCUGUUAUUUGCCACAAUUUUGUCCUUGCUCUGUACAAUACACAGUGGAUAUAUCAAAUCAGCGUUCUAUCUCUAUUUUGCCUGGAAAUGCUACACACAGAGUAUUUUCCUAUCAUGAUGAUGGUAUAGGUAUCAAUAUUUUUACGAAUUCAAUUAGCACGAGUGCAUUUUGCAGUACUGCUAAUGAAGAAUUAACUUACGUUACUUGGAUGGAACCACAACGCGAAACACCUGACAGUACACCUAUAGGUGAUAUUACUAUUGACCAAAAAUAUUACAAUGGAUAUUUGAGUGAUGCAAAAUUCUUCAGAGAUCGUAGUAGUCGUAUAUUUCUCGUACUGGCAAUGUAUUAUGAUAAAUCAUCUGAUUCUCAUGAUAUCGAUUCCUUGUUACUCGAAUUGAACAUGACAACGAGGGAAACACACAUAGUUCAGUAUAUUCCAACAAGAUCUGCAACGACCUUAGAACUUCUGCAGAGUCCCUUUGGGACGCAUCUUGUAAUCUGCAACGCUGUGCAAAAUGAGGACAUUCAAGCAUAUUUUGAAAUAAUGAAAUACGACCAAGAAAACUAUCAGUUCAAACCAGUACGUACAGUUUCGACAGAAGGUUGUGGCUUGAUGGCUAGCGCAGUUUUUGGAAAAGAGCAAUUUAUUUUUGUGGGCGACGAGAAUUAUAAAAUUCUUAGAAUUAAUCGUUACAUAGAACAGCUGGAUAUGUUCCAUUAUUUCCAGAGCUUUAUAUAUGAGUCAUAUUUGCGUGGAUUGCAUAUUUUCUACCCUCAAAAUUCCAAAAAGGGUGAAGUAUUAUUAUGUGUGACCACAGAUAAUGGAAACUUUUAUAUUUAUGAUUAUACAUACAUUGAAGGUUGGAAGCAAAUAUCAACAGGAUAUCUAAAAAAUGUCCAUGAUGUUACACACUUCCAAUUAAAUCAUGAAGAAUUUCUGUUCAUGUCAUCCACAUACAAAAAUAUGGUCUUCAGGAUAAUCAGACAAGGAAUACCUUAAGUAUCAUUAGAAAAAAAUAGCAUGUAAAUUUAAUAUAUAUUAAAUGUAAUUUUAAAUUCCCAUUGCUACAAAUGUAAAUCCAUAAGUAAUAACAAAAAUAUAAAUAUUACACUAUAUUUUCCUAAAAAACUAUAUUUAGCAAUAAACAACAG